AUGCGGUUGCUAUGCCUUCCCGACUCUUCAGCUCUUCCUCCUCCCUCCUUCUUGUCCUCUCUCCUCCUUCUCUUUUUGCCCUCUCUUCCUCCCCCUCCCUUCCUCUUGCAGGCUUGUCUCCACCGCCGCCACCUCCACCGCGCCCGGGAGCCUAGAGGUGAGCUUCGCGGACCCGAGUCCCUGCCGUGGCCCGAGAGGACCGGGGACAUCGGGCGGGUGUCAGUCUUCCAGACUGGGUGCAGGGAGCAACGGGGAAAGAGCCUGGGAACUGGGCGCCGGGGAAGGCAGGAGCUGGGACCAAGUCCAUCCCCUCUGCUGACCGGGAAAAGCCGCGGCCCCGCGGGAGCCGCUGCUGGGGCCGCAGCCCCAGCCGCAGCUUCAGUAAAACCAAAGAAAUGUGACGGGGUCCCAGCACCCCGGGUCCCCUCGACCUUUCCCCCCGGAGCAGCUGCCCCAGGUUACCCGACAUCCUGUGGAAGCAGCUGGGACUGUGGCUGGAUGCUGCAGCUGCAGGAAACUCAGCUUCGAGGCAGGCUCCUGUGCUGGGAGAGAAGGAGAAGAUGCAACAUUUUUAAAGUUUCACAAACCCUCUGGCUGCACUGGCCCCCCUGGAGCUGGAGACAAACCGAAUUAAUGUUUUAUACCUUCGGGUAUAGGUUUGAGUUUUCCCCCCCUCAUGCCAAGUAUUUAAAACCUCUAGAAACCCAUGAUUUGACAAUCAAUGAUUGCGCGAUACUUUCAAUUUGAAUAUUCAAAGGCUUAACAAAAUGGACUAUCUUCUGCAGAAAUCCUGCACACAGAAACCCUAUGGAGGGUCCCGAGAAACAGAGGGUGACAUUCUGGAGGGUCCUGCACCCUCCUUUUACUUCAUUUUGAGUGUUUUGCCCAACUUCCCACAAAUAGAGCCUAUGUCCUCAAAUAUACUCCAUAAUUCGGUCUGGGAGACAGGGCCUGGGCCCCAAGUGUCCUAGCCUGCCACCCAGGACCACACUGAGUCAGGCUGUCUGGGUAGGGGCCUGCUAAAAUUCACUACCCCAGUUAAAGGGCAAAUCACAAGACUGGGGGGAGUCAACAUGGUUGCUAGUGAGUAGAGUAGGUGAGGGAGGCACUUUGGGUCACUCUCAAAGGCCUCAGGUCCAGCCCAGGCCACAUCUUUGGUCCUCGUCUCCUUCCUGCUCCUCCUGGCCCACGUGUGGGCUUCCCUCCCCUUUCCACCCCCACUCUCAGCCUGGGCCUCAAAUGCCAUAGUUUCAGCACAGAUUGCUGGCCCAUUAAGACCCUUUGCUCCUCCCCAUGGAGCUAGGGAUGUAGUCUGGCCUCGCCCUCUUGUGAUUUGCUGAGAUUGGUGUUUCUGGAUUAUAAAGUGUUCUCUCUUUUAGCCAUAACUCUCUGAGCUUUGUCCUCCUAGCUUCAUGUGUCUUAUAUACCAAGGAACAUUAGAUAAAUUUGGCUCCCGUUUACUUCAUCUGGGGGAAAAGUGACAAAGAUUUCUAUUUCUAUCCUUAUUUUUCCAGUGUGAGCUAAAGGCAGCUUUCUCAGAAUUUUCUAAGCCACCAGCUGACAGUUGUUGGUCUCCUCCAUGAGAUUUAGAUCAACUUGACUCAACCACACAAGAAGACUUGAGAGGCAGUAAUGGCCCCAGGCCACAGGGCUUAAACAAAGAAGUGAUGAGGUUAGCCUUGGGCUAAAUUCUACCAGUCUUAGGGAGGUUAGGAGGGUGAGAGACCGCAGGGGUGGAGGAUGAAGGAUAAGAAGGGACAGGGUGGAGUUAUCCUUGUAAACAAGCCUGACAAAUUCCCACCAAGAAUCCAGGAGUUGUAGGCCACAAUUAACCUCUCCACUCUGGUAAAAGCGUAAGCACUGGUUGCUGAAUGUCUGCUAAGCAAAUCAAAUGUAGAUAGCAGAAUGUGGAGAUGGAGAUGGAGAAAUUCUGGGUAUGCCACCAACAUGGCACUUAAGGACUUGGGCCUUAAUUUGAGGUUUGCCCCCCUUGGAUUUAUGUCAUAGGAAUAGGGACCAAACUAACAGAGAUAAGGUAGGAGCUGGGAAGGAGUGUGACACUUUUUAGCAGUGGGGACUUUGUGUAGUGAGUUCAGCCUGGCUCAUCCAUAGCUAGAAGGUACCUCUCUUCCUAAAUGCUUUCUUAUCUCAGGCUUCAUCAGUGUUGAGCACUGUGGACCAGAUCUCUUAGUUGGAGGAGUGAGCACUGAGAGUCCAGGUAAUCAAGUUCUAGUCAGGUUUCCCCUCAUCCAAAUUGUAACUUGGGGCUAUUCUCUGAAUUUGCCAAUAGAAACAUCAGCAUCUUCUCAACAAAAAGAGCCUUUGCCUUUCUUGUAAUUUCUCUGCUUUUCCUAUUGGUUUCUUCAUUUGUAAAAUGAAGAAGUUGGAUGAGAGCAUCCUUCAGGAAUCUUCUAAGAACAUAAAUACAAAACUGGAAGGGACAAAUUCUCAAAUCCAGCCCUCUCAUUUUACAGUAGUGAAAUCUUGGACCCAUAGAGGCUCAAGAAUGGAGUUGUCCCAGAGUAUAAGAUUCUCUGACUGCAAGAUCAGCAAGUUUCCUCCUGCUCAAUCCAAUUUCUGUCUCUCUCUUUCUCUCUCUUCUCUCAUUAAACUUUUAUCUCCAUUUCUUCCUACUUUUUCUUGUUUUCUUUUUUCUGCCUUUAUUCCUGUCUCUGUUAGCAUCUAAUCUUUCUCUGUCCUUGACAUGAGAUGCUGCUUUGGGACUGAUUGCUGGGUGAUCUGAAAACCUAUUGCUCUUUUAUGAUGUGGGCUCUGAGCUUCAAGGAAGAAAUUGGUGUGUCUAUGCUAUUUCCUUAAAAAAAAAAACCUGACAUGUUGCAUGGAAGUUAUACAUUCUAUUGAAGAGAAAUCACUAGGUCUUGCUUGAAACCUAUUCAGGGAGCUAUUGGCCCUUGCCUGGCCUGAAUCUGUGACAACUGUAAUUAAAACAGUCAAAUGAUGUCCUAUCCCUGUGACCUUUGUGGCAUAGGGACUUACUGACCAGUUAGCUUAUCUGCUGUUGGUUCAGAAAACAAGAUAUCCAGGCGUGAGACCAGGAUAGAAGGGGAUUUUCCCCCUUAGCAUGUCUGGGAAUUUGUUUGGCUGUAAUUGUUUCUAUAAUUGGUUACAUAGUCAUCCCAAUGUUACUAGAAUGAUAAAUAAGCCUUUAGGUGUGAGAGAGGUGUUAGUGCAGGGGAAGGAAAAGCCUUUCUGCUGGAGCAGAAGCCCCAAUAUUGAGGUAUCCUAGAGAAGCAAGCAGUCACUGGCUUAAUAUUGCCAUUGGAGAGGUCCUUAAAAGACCAGAAGUGAAGUAUCCAGGAUGCUGGUUCUAUACUUGGUUCAAAUCCUGCCCCAUUGUUUAUUAUUGGUGUAACUUUGGGCAUGUCCAUGGGGCCUCAGUUUCCUUAUCUGUAAAAGGAAGCACUUGGACUAGCUGGUUUCUAAAGUCUCUUCCAGUUCUGGAUUGAUAGAUUUAUAAUACUGUGUUCCAGUCAUAUACUUAGGGAAGUUUUUCUUCAUUUCUUAUCUGUUAGUCAUAAAAUCUGUGAAGGUGUGUGGAGAUAAAAAAACAAACAAACAACAUAUGCUGAAAUGGAGAGGGAGCGUGCUGUUAAUAAAUGUGGGUGACAGGAAGAUUGCCAGAAGUGUGCUCAAGCUGCAGAUUCUGCUCUGAGUAGUAGGGCUAACUCAAAGUACUUCGAGGCACACUUACUCAUCUGUGAGUGUACGGCUACCUCUAGUGUCCACAAAGAGUCCCUGUUACAAUAGACCUCUCAGCCCUUAAGGCUGUUUUUAAAAGAUUUCAGAAGACUUCAUGGAGAGAGUUACACUUUAUUUCUCCAGCUUGCUUUGAAAAAAAAACUUAAAAAAGUAGAACCUUGGAGUCUGGAGAUCAUUUGGCCCAACUUCUUUCAAUGCAAGAGUCCCUUCUGUGACAUCUGUGAUGGUCAGUCAUCCAGACUCUCCUUAAGUAAUCAAGAUCUCAUGCACAAUAGGAAGGAUGGUGGAACAGGAGAAAGCAUUGGAUUUGAAUCCUACCUCAUUUCCUGUGUGAUCUUGGGCAGGUUGAGGAUUCUUUCUGGGCUUCAGUUUCUUUAUCUGUAAGAUGAGGAAAUGGGACUACAUCUUCGAUCCCCUGUAGCUCAACAUUUUUGACCUAUGGGGGUUUGAAAUUGGCAGGAUGCUUUACCUAUAUUGACUCACUUAACCUCACAACAACCCUAUGGAGUUAGUGCUAUGGAUCUUCUUAUCUCCCUUUUCACAGGUAAGAAAACAAACCCAGACAGCUUAAGGACCUUGUUUGUGGUUCCAUAAUUAAGAAAUGUCAGAGGUAAGAUCUAAACCAAGGUUUUCAUAACUUCAAUUCUAGCAGUCUACCUUUCUCAGGAGUUGGCCACCCCCAGUUAUUUUCUUCUUUAGGAUGAGAUUUACUUCCCUAUAACUUCUACAUGUUGGACCGAGUUCUGGAGCAACAAAGAAUAAUAGACUUCUUUCUAGAUCAGCUGUCCCCUAUUCUGCAACUAUCCCAUGUAUGACCUGACUUCAAGACUUGCAAUCAUGUUAGUCGCCCCCUUGUGGAUGUGCCUCUAUUGAGGCAUCCAGAAUAUGGCCUGAACAUCCUGAUACUACUAUGUGUUUCUUGUCAAAACUUCAAAUUCAAGUCUAACAAAGCAGUGUACUACUUAAUCUCGUGUGAUGAUGUCCAAUUGUUAUGUGCUGAUGAUGAAAAAAAUGCAUUUGCUAUGGGAAACAUGGAUAUUCAGAUUUGAGAUUUAAGAGUUUUUAAAAGUAAGUCAUGGGGGGCAGCUGGGUGGCUCAGUGGAUUGAGAGCCAGACCGAGAGAUGGGAGGUCCUGGAUUCAAAUUUGACCUCAGAUGCUUCCUAGCUGUGUGACCCUGGGCAAGUCACUUAACCCCCACUGCCUGGCCCUUAUCACUCUUCUGCCUUAGAACCAAUACCCAGUAUUGAUUCUAAGAUUAAGGUAAGAGUUUAAAAAAAAUAAGUAAAUAAAGGUAAGUCAUCAUUCAGUCCUCUCAAGCUUUGCAGCACACUCUACAUUGUUUUAAUGUAAGUAAAAAAAAUUAGUUUGACAAGUCAUUAAACCAAAGAAAGUGAUGAAGUUCUGGACAUAUUAUAAACAACAUCACUAGACCUCUAGAAUAAGAAUUCUUAACUUUUUUUUUUUAAUGUCAUGAUCCCUUUUGGGAGUUUGGUAAAACUUAUGGACCCCUUUCAGAAUAAAUGUUUCAAGUACAUAAAAUAAAAUAUGUAGUAUUACAGGGGAUACAGUAGUUGUCCUAAUUAUACUGAAAUAAAAAAAUUCUCUCUCUAUA